UUUUGCAUGGAUAUGAAUAGUUUGUCUUUUGAGUGUUGUCAAUGUUGUAUAAAUAUAAACGAUUAAACAUUCUUCAAUUAAACAUUUUACGGAAUAUACUUCUUGAAAAUGUUGUUACUUCGGAUUACACAGCUUUCGGUUCGAGCUCAAACUUCAUAUAUCAAUGCGAUAUCAAGUCUCAUCAGCUUUCGGCCCAUAACUUCAAGUUCUGUCCUGCAGACUGGUCUGCGAAGCAGGAAAGAGGAACGUUACCGAAAUAAGGAUAAGGUGCCUAUAGACUAUCGAAUUAUCUAUCGAGCUCCAAUGGAAUAUUAUUUAUCUGCAUGCAGUUUUAUAACUUCAUUUAGCUUUGUCGCGUUCGGUGGAAUUACGGCAUAUGCAUACUCCCAUGACUACCACACUAUGCCUGUACCUUUCAAUAUCGAAUAUGGACCGCUGACAGCCAAUGAGCAGGAUUUGUUACUAUUUUUGGGAUUCUUUUUAUUAGCUAAUGUUGCAAUACGUAUUAUCGUUAACCGAUAUCCACUACGCAUUUACCGCAACAAUGGAAAUUAUUUGGCUAUAUUCGAGGGCACGUUGCCUUUCACUCGGAAAAGUAUGAAGUUCAUCAAAGGAGAUGUUUCGCAAGUACCAGAAGGUGGAAUUUUACCAUGGCAAGAUGCGCGAUAUACAAUAAAUAAAAAACAAGUUCUUCUAUUCGAUAAUCACUUCCGCACUCCGUCAGAGUUAAAUGCUAUGAUGACAAAAAAUAGAUAAUCUUUUUUCGAAUAAAUCAUUUUUGUUUUUA